GCCAAUCAAACACGGAUGUUCCUACUGCUUCCUUUAUUGAGGCAGACAGGAAUUCCUAUUCUAGUGAUCAUGGUGCAUCUUAUACCCAUGGGCCUUAUACCCAUCAGAAGGCCCGGGUCCUACCAGUCUUCCUACCUGAUUAAGCCUGUCCUUGGAAGAGUGAUGCUUUUCGGUCCCAGAAAAGAAUCCUGGAACCAGCGUGGUACCAUGCGACGACGCUAUGAAGAUGAUGGCAUUUCAGAUGAUGAAAUUGAAGGGAAGAGAACUUUUGACUUGGAAGAGAAACUCCACACCAACAAAUAUAAUGCAAAUUUUGUUACUUUUAUGGAAGGAAAAGAUUUUAAUGUAGAGUAUAUUCAGCGGGGUGGCUUAAGAGACCCUCUGAUUUUCAAGAAUUCGGAUGGACUUGGAAUAAAGAUGCCAGAUCCAGACUUCACUGUGAAUGAUGUCAAAAUGUGUGUGGGGAGUCGUCGCAUGGUGGAUGUCAUGGACGUGAACACACAGAAAGGCAUUGAAAUGACCAUGGCUCAGUGGACACGCUACUAUGAGACCCCAGAGGAGGAGCGAGAAAAACUCUAUAAUGUCAUCAGCCUAGAGUUCAGCCACACCAGGCUGGAGAAUAUGGUGCAGAGGCCCUCCACGGUGGAUUUCAUUGACUGGGUAGACAACAUGUGGCCGAGGCAUUUGAAGGAAAGUCAGACUGAAUCAACAAAUGCCAUCUUGGAGAUGCAGUACCCCAAAGUGCAGAAGUACUGUCUGAUGAGUGUUCGAGGCUGCUAUACUGACUUCCAUGUGGACUUUGGUGGUACCUCUGUUUGGUAUCACAUCCAUCAAGGGGGAAAGGUCUUCUGGCUCAUCCCCCCUACAGCCCACAACCUGGAGCUGUACGAGAAUUGGCUGCUGUCAGGGAAACAGGGAGACAUCUUUCUGGGUGACCGGGUAUCAGAUUGUCAGCGCAUUGAGCUCAAGCAGGGCUAUACCUUCGUCAUUCCCUCAGGCUGGAUUCAUGCUGUGUAUACUCCUACAGACACAUUAGUCUUUGGAGGCAAUUUUUUGCAUAGUUUCAAUAUCCCCAUGCAAUUAAAAAUAUACAACAUUGAAGAUCGGACACGGGUUCCAAAUAAGUUCCGCUAUCCAUUCUACUAUGAGAUGUGUUGGUACGUGUUGGAGCGCUAUGUGUACUGCAUAACCAACCGCUCCCACCUAACUAAGGAAUUUCAAAAAGAGUCCCUCAGUAUGGAUUUGGAGUUAAAUGGGUUGGAAUCUGGAAAUGGGGAUGAGGAAGCAGUGGAUCGAGAACCAAGGCGCCUGAGCAGUAGGCGCUCUGUCCUCACUAGCCCCGUAGCCAACGGGGUCAACCUGGACUAUGACGGACUGGGCAAAACCUGCCGAAGUCUUCCAAGUCUGAAGAGAAGUUUGUCGGGGGACCCAUCCUCUGACUCUAGCCGGGGCUCCCACAAUGGCCAAGUGUGGGAUCCCCAGUGUAGCCCCCGAAAGGACAGGCAGGUGCAUCUGACCCAUUUCGAGCUUGAAGGCCUUCGCUGUCUUGUAGAUAAGUUGGAGUCUCUGCCACUGCACAAGAAAUGCGUCCCCACAGGGAUAGAAGAUGAAGAUGCUCUUAUUGCCGACGUAAAGAUUUUGCUGGAGGAGCUUGCCAACAGCGAUCCCAAGUUAGCCCUCACUGGAGUCCCUAUAGUACAGUGGCCAAAAAGGGAUAAGCUUAAAUUCCCCCCCCGGCCAAAGGUGCGGGUUCCUACCAUCCCCAUCACAAAGCCUCACACUAUGAAACCAGCUCCUCGGUUAACACCUGUGAGGCCGGCCGCUGCCUCCCCCAUAGUGUCAGGAGCCCGGCGGAGACGAGUGCGCUGUCGAAAAUGCAAAGCCUGUGUGCAAGGAGAGUGCGGUGUCUGCCACUACUGCAGGGACAUGAAGAAGUUCGGGGGGCCUGGUCGCAUGAAGCAGUCGUGUGUCCUUCGGCAGUGCUUGGCACCCAGACUGCCUCACUCAGUCACAUGUUCCCUCUGUGGAGAGGUGGAUCAAAAUGAGGAGACACAGGACUUCGAGAAGAAACUUAUGGAAUGCUGUAUCUGCAACGAGAUUGUUCAUCCUGGCUGCCUCCAGAUGGAUGGAGAGGGGUUGCUUAAUGAGGAAUUGCCAAAUUGCUGGGAGUGUCCAAAGUGCUACCAGGAGGACAACUCAGAGAAAGCCCAGAAGCGGAAAAUGGAAGAGAGUGAUGAAGAAUCCGUGCAAGCCAAAGUCCUGCGGCCCCUGCGGAGCUGCGACGAGCCCCUCACGCCCCCGCCUCACUCACCCACUUCUAUGCUACAGCUCAUCCAUGACCCGGUUUCCCCUCGGGGUAUGGUGACUCGGUCAUCCCCUGGGGCUGGCCCCAGCGACCACCACAGUGCCAGCCGGGAUGAGCGCUUCAAACGGCGGCAGUUGCUGCGGCUGCAGGCCACAGAGCGCACCAUGGUACGGGAAAAGGAGAACAAUCCCAGCGGCAAAAAGGAGCUGUCUGAAGUUGAGAAAGCCAAGAUCCGGGGAUCGUACCUCACUGUCACGCUACAGAGGCCCACCAAAGAGCUCCACGGGACAUCCAUUGUGCCCAAGCUGCAGGCCAUCACGGCCUCCUCUGCCAACCUUCGCCACUCCCCCCGCGUGCUAGUACAGCACUGCCCAGCCCGAACCCCCCAGCGUGGGGAUGAGGAGGGGCUGGGGGGAGAGGAGGAGGAAGAGGAGGAGGAGGAGGAGGAGGAAGAUGACAGUGCAGAGGAGGGGGGUGCAGCCAGGCUGAAUGGCCGGGGCAGUUGGGCUCAGGAUGGAGACGAAAGCUGGAUGCAGCGGGAGGUCUGGAUGUCUGUCUUCCGCUACCUCAGCCGCAGAGAACUUUGUGAAUGUAUGCGAGUGUGCAAGACGUGGUAUAAAUGGUGCUGCGACAAGAGACUUUGGACAAAAAUUGACUUGAGUAGGUGUAAGGCUAUUGUACCCCAGGCCCUCAGUGGCAUCAUCAAGAGGCAACCAGUUAGCCUGGACCUCAGUUGGACCAACAUCUCCAAAAAACAACUGACGUGGCUCGUCAAUAGACUGCCAGGACUGAAAGACCUCCUCCUAGCGGGCUGUUCCUGGUCUGCAGUCUCUGCCCUCAGCACCUCCAGCUGCCCCCUUCUCAGGACCCUUGAUCUUCGGUGGGCAGUGGGAAUCAAGGACCCUCAAAUUCGGGACUUGCUGACUCCACCGGCUGAUAAACCAGGUCAGGACAAUCGCAGCAAGCUCCGGAACAUGACUGACUUCCGGCUGGCAGGCCUUGACAUCACGGACGCCACACUUCGCCUCAUCAUUCGCCACAUGCCCCUCCUUUCUCGACUCGACCUCAGUCACUGCAGCCACCUGACAGAUCAGUCCUCCAAUCUGCUCACCGCUGUCGGGUCUUCCACUCGCUACUCUCUCACAGAGCUCAACAUGGCAGGUUGCAAUAAAUUGACAGACCAGACCCUGAUCUACCUACGGCGCAUCGCCAAUGUCACCUUGAUUGACCUUCGAGGAUGUAAGCAGAUCACUCGAAAAGCCUGCGAGCACUUCAUCUCAGACUUGUCCAUCAACAGUCUCUACUGCCUGUCUGACGAGAAGCUGAUACAGAAGAUCAGCUAAAACACACACAGCCCAGACUGAACAGGAAACCGAUCUUCCCCUGACUCCCCAGCCAGGAGAGCCUCUCUCCCCGACCCUGCACGGGCUCUGAGGCCAGCGUCACACUCCCUCUCUGCUCUCCUGUCCCUUGAGCCCUUUCCCUACAGGCUGGGCAGAGAGGGUGGUAGACACCAGGCUUACCUGCCUGCUCCUCUCCCUCCUAAGGAGAAGGAGUAGCAAGCAAAUUGAUCCGAAUCCGAGGGGAAAGCACAGGCUCUGUGCUGUCAAGGUGCCUGCUCGCUUGCUCGCCUGCCCGCCCGCCCGCUCACUCACCGGCCAGGAGGCCAGGCUCUCAGUUUGGGGUGUCUGUGCAGCCGUCAUCUGUGCUGGGCCCUGGGGCCCUUCUCCCCAUCCGUGGUCCCCAGCCGUGCCUGGUUCUGAGCAAAUUUCCAGGGAAGAAAGCGGCCCUGUCUCCAUGGCCAGGUUCUCCUUGUGGUGUCCAGUGCGUGUCUCUCCUCUACCACACUCUCCCCGCGUAUGCAGGAGGGGCCGGCAGCAGCCCCGGGAAGGCUAGACCCGUGCCGAUCAUACUGGUGCUGUUGAGGUGUCUAAAACCUCUCAUCCGUGUCCACGCUCUCCCCCUCCCUGUAGCUUGAUCCUGUCCGAUGCUCGUGGUGGUUCACGUAAUGAGGUUACCCCACCCCAGACUUGCCCGCUAGUCUCUACGAGGUCCUUGUUGCACUUAUUGGGGUUGAAGCUCUUCAGAGGAGCCGGAACUGUGUACCCCAGGGACACCCCCAUUUUAUUGCUUCCUAGGCAGAUUCUGAGACAGGCACCAUCUCCUUGUUCCCCUCCCUCGUUAGCCUCCCACUGCCCUUUCCACAUGUUCCUCCUUCCUGCCUGGACAGGACUUUCCCAGGAUGCGUGUCCUCAGAGGGAGCAGCCGAUAUCCCCCGGCUGGGGAGAGCAGAGAGCUGGGCUCGGUCCCACCUGCCUCCCAGCAGGCUCUGGGUCUCCAGUGGGUGUAGCCCCCAGAGCCCAGGCCUGUGUUUAGCCCCAGUGGCUCACUGAUCUGGCACCUUGUCGGGGGGAGGGGGGUCCUGCUUUGAAGCCAGUCACCUGCCCUCUGCCUGCAGCCGUGGAAGGGGGUGUGCAUGUGCCUCUGUGUGUGUGGCUGAGUGUAUUACACGUGUGUGUGGAGGGAGGGAGGGAGGGGAGCAUGGUGUCUCCCACCCCACCGCCCUGUGUUGAGCCCCAUCAGCUGCCCCCUUUUACUUUGCAUUGAACGGCCUGUCCAAAGAUCCUCUCUCUAGGGCAGCAGAGAGCUUUUUGCACUUUAAAAAAAAAAAAAGGAAAGAAAGGUCGGAAUUUCUUUUGGGUCAAUAUUUAAGUGUGUGAGGAGAUGCUCAAUAGCAGCAGCCUGUGGCAAGAGCUUAUAAAGGACGGAUGCGGAUUUGCACUCUGCUCCCCACCUGUGAGGAUAGCGAUAGCACAACCUUGCCCCGCCUUCUCGUCCUCCGGCCCCUCCCUUCCUGGCCCCUUUCCUGCAGCCCAGCCUCAGGCUCGCCUCCUCCCAAAACCCUCCGGGGGGAGGAAACCCUACAGGGGAGGGGGAGGGGACGGAGCCCAGGCCCCGGGGGUCUGAAACGUGAGCCACCUUGAGGAGAGACGCCAACUGCACACUCGCCACUUCCAAAGCAAUAGAGGCAGAGGGGCCCCCUCUUUGCCACCUAGCCCAGCUUUGACCCUGGCAUUGACUGGCCUCCUGAGAGAAAACUGGGUCCUGGUAAGGGGUGGCAUUGUGUCUGUUUCUUCCAAUCUGCUGAUUUCUCUUGGCUGCUCCUUAAAAGCAGCAGUCUGCUCCCACGACCCUCUGCCCCUUCCAUCGGUCUCCAGGCCCCAGUAACCUGGGGCUGAAACUUUGAGGAAAUGCCAGUGACUUAUUCCAGAGUGCCUCAGUUAGGGGAACUUCUCUGUAAAGAACCCUGGGUAUUGAGCAAAAACCUUAUUAAUAUUAUUGUUAAUGACCUAUAAUUGGAAGCUUCCUGCCUUUUUUUGGUUGCUCCUGUGGAAAGUACUGAAAAGAUUGUUUUGUUUUGUUGUCUUUUUAUAAAAGGGGAGGUGGAGAGACCCCCUCAGAGCAGGGAUUGUGCCGGGAGAGUGCCUCUGACUUUGGGACAUUUCAUCCACAGAAAUUUCCAAGCUGAUGGUUUGGGUUUUUUGGGGUUUUGGUUUUAAUUUUGGUUUGUUUUUGGUUUGGAAAAACAAGCAUUUUUACCGUGCACGUAAAUUGGUCAGCAGGAAAGGGGAGCCCAGGAGUGGCAGCAGUUGGACCUAUGCCCUUGCCGGGUUUCCUUUAUCUCUGGGACUGGAAGGGGGGAAACGGUUUUUAGAGGUGAGGGUUGGUCCGUGUGGAGGACAGAAAUGUCUCUGGGGACAGAGGAUCCCGGGAGUCCCAUCGCAUUUCCUGCAAUCUGCUCUGAGAUGUGGCCUUGCCAGGAGAGCCUGCCCUCCUCAGACCGCAGGGCCAGACACCCCGCCUCCAUCUUUCCGAGCACCGGGGCGAAAAACCACAAAGGAAAGGAAGAAAAUUUAUAUAUAUAUAAUAUAAAAUCACUUGGUGAUUAAAAAAAUAACUGCUCCAUAAAUAAAACUCCUAAAGUCACUAUGUUUAAAGGGUUUGGUUGUGUUUUUUUGUUUUUCGGAGAAAUAUUGUAAAUAUAUAUUUUUUGUUGCUGAUUUAGAGUCAAUCUCCAAUGUUGUGCUAAAAAAUUUAAAUUAAAUGUAAGCAUUAAGGGGGCAA